UGAAGGUGAGAACCCUUGUAUACUAAAGAUAUUACAUGGACGAUACCGUGUCUUGUCUACAUUCUCUAAUGAUGGCAAAACGAAUUAAAUGUUAUCAUGGCACUUAUUAUUGGGAAGUCGAAGGAGUAUCAUUGACAUCAAGUGCAUCCGCUCUUCAACCAUUGACAGCAAUCUAUUCGUUAAUAUCGAUGAAAGAUGAAAAUAUUGUCCUUGCCAAACGACUUAAGAUGGUGUUCAUUGUUUGUUUUGUUUUGUUUUGGUACCAGCGGAUAAACAAUGAGUGGAAAAGAAGACCCUCCUCCCCCUUAUAAUCCCCAAGGAUACGCCCCGCCUCCACAACAGGGAGGAUAUGCUCCUCCUCCACAGCAAGGGGGAUACGCCCCGCCUCCACAACAGGGUGGAUAUGCUCCGCCACCACAACAAGGGGGACAUGCCCCACCUCCACAAGGGGGAUAUGCCCCGCCUCCACAACAUGGGGGAUACGCACCGCCUCCACAACAAGGAGGAUAUGGACCACCCCCAGGAUCCUACCCAGCACAGCCAAGUAAGCAUAUUUUUCAUUCAAGUUCUAGUCACUGUUAUUUGAAUAUAGAGCUUUCGAUAUAA